UGUGUGUGCUGACUCACGUUGGCCUGGAGGCUUGUGUGUGCGGCAGGCUGCAUUAACAGCAUUAUUACCCUGCUGCCUGCGGCACUGAUGACUCAGGCUCACAGGCUCAGCAGCAGUCGGCAACUACUGCGAGGAGCUGUGCUACCGAUCGCGGCUGUCUGCACGUCUGCUCUCUCUACCUGGUAGACCAGGAUUUAGCUGCUGAUCUCUACAUUGGCCAGAGCUGUGUGGUCUUCUUGGUCCUCUCAAGGUGCAGGUACGCAGCAGACUUUCGAUGGACGACUCUACACUUCAACACAGUCCCCAAGCUGUCAAUGACAAAGCUGGACACACCCUGGGCAUCCUGAGCUUCCUGAACACUCUGGCCAACGAGACGGCGGAGCACUGCUACAGCGCAAGGUCACGCAGCACCGUGCUACAGGGCCUGUCUUUUGGAGGUGUCCCCACUGUCCUCGCCAUCAACUUCAUCCUCUGGCUGGUGCUGCUGUUUGUCUUCUCAUGCCUACGCAAGGCUGCCUGGGACUAUGGACGCCUGGCACUGCUGAUGGACAAUGACAGCCUCACCUCCCUGUUUUACGGGGAACAGAAUGAAAAGGAGAAAUGCUCUUCUGAAACCAGCCCCACAGAACUGGAGAGUAAGGAUGUGGGGUUUUGUUCUUGGUUGACCACACUUUACCACAUGCGGGAUGAUGAGAUCCAGUACAAGUGUGGGCUGGACGCCAUCAUCUACCUGUCGUUCCAGAGACACAUCCUGGUGUUGCUGAGUGUGGUCUGUGUCUUCUCCAUCGCCAUCAUCCUUCCCGUCAACUUCUCCGGGGACCUGCUGGGUGACAGCCCCCAGCACUUCGGACGAACAACCAUCGCCAACGUCCCUGCAGAUGACCGCUUGCUGUGGCUGCACAGUAUCUUUGCCCUGCUCUACUUUGUGGUGACCGUGAUCUGUAUGGGCCACCACUCGCUGCAGCUCGAUUACAAAGAGAAUGAGAAGGUGGCACGAACAUUGAUGAUCUCCCAAAUCCCGAAGGAAAUCACAGACACGAGCCUCCUCGCCAAACACUUCCAUGAGGCCUACCCAAGCUGCACGGUGACAGAUGUGCAGUUCUGCUUCGAUGUGCGUGCCCUGAUGAAACUCGACAAUGAGAGACGAAAGGCAAUGAAAGGCCGUCUAUAUUUCACAGCCAAAGCCCAGAAGGAAGGAAAGAUCAUGAUUAAGACGCACCCUCUGGCCCGGAUCUGCUGUUGUGACUGCUGUGGGUUUGAACAGGUGGAUGCAGAGCAAUACUACAGUGAGCUGGAGGAGAAGCUGACGGAUGAGUUCAACGCUGAGCACCAUCGCAUCUCCCUCAAGCGGCUGGGAAUGAGUUUUGUCACCUUCCAGGACGAGCGGAUGACAGCUGUGAUUGUGAAGGAUUACGAGCACAGUCAAUGUCGCUACCGUCCGCAGCAGUCCAGCAUCACCACCGUGGUCAAGUCGUACCGCUGGGACGUACGCUACGCCCCCGGACUCAGCGAAAUCAUCUGGGAGAACCUGUCGGUGCAGGGAAGCGCCUGGUGGAUCCGCUGUGCUGUCCUCAACAUCCUGCUCUUCCUGCUCCUCUUCUUCCUCACCACACCGGCCAUCAUCGUCAACACCAUGGACAAGUUCAACGUCACCAACCCUGUGGAGAGCCUGAAGAACCCGAUCGUGACACAGUUUUUCCCGACGUUGCUCCUGUGGACGUUCUCUGUGCUGCUCCCGUUCAUCGUCUACUACUCUGCCUUCUUCGAGUGUCACUGGACCAGGUCGACUGAGAACCAGGUGACGAUGCACAAGUGUUAUUUCUUCCUGGUCUUCAUGGUGAUCAUCCUGCCCUCGCUUGGCCUCACCAGCUUGGAUGUUUUCUUCCACUGGCUCUUCGACACUCACUUCCUGGAUGAAGCCGACAUAAAGUUCCAGUGCGUCUUCCUCCCGGAUAACGGAGCCUUCUUUGUGAAUUACGUGAUCACGUCGAGCUUGAUCGGCACGGCUAUGGAGCUGCUGCGUAUCCCGGGGCUGCUGGUCUACGCCACACGCCUGGUCUUUGCAAAGUCAAAGGCUGAGCAGAUACACGUGAAGAAGAGUCAGGCCUAUGAGUACCAGUUUGGGUUGGAGUAUGCCUGGACCAUGUGUAUAUUUGCUGUUGUGAUGACUUACAGCAUCACCUGCCCGAUAAUCGUCCCCUUUGGGCUGUUGUACAUGUUACUGAAACACCUGGUGGACCGCUACAAUAUUUACUACGCCUGUUUACCCACCAAACUCAACCAGCGGCUGCAUUCAGCGGCCGUCAGCCAGGUCAUCAUCGCCCCCAUCCUCUGCAUGUUCUGGCUUCUCUUCUUCUCAGUGCUGCGCCUCGGACCCAUGCAACCCAUCACCCUCUUCACCUUCGUCACUCUACUGCUGUGCAUCGUCUUCUCCUUGUUUGCGUUCUGCAUCAAAGGACUUCACAAACUCAGGCCUCAGAACUGUCAGCUGUCGGAGCCGCAGCCUGACUGUUUGUUCGUGGACGGAGAGCGGAGUAGUGUGUCCUCAACACCCAAUUCCAACGUGUUUGUUGCGGCCGUACUUCAGGACCCAGAGCUGGGCCUCACCCCAGUGGCCUCCCCCGCACAUCAGAGUUACGGAACCAUGGAAACUCGUGCCGAGGACUCCAAAUCUGAAAAUUCUGGUCGAAUGCAAAACUUUGAGCCUGUGUUGGAAAGUCCUCAACACGAGAUGACUGCAGCAACGGUGCUGGAAUGAGAUUUGUAACGCGGCUGCUUGGUGGGCAACAGAAUAUGACUGGUGCAUGUUUCUCUCUCACCAGAGCUCCAUUAAUGCCACAGACCUGCUCUGACUCUGGACAGAGAUUAGAGGCACUGGAUGGAAUGUUUUAUUGUGAAGAGUUGGGUUGGAACCAUUAUUUCCAAUUGCUUCGUUCUAUAACGCUGCCUGCAAUCGCUACCUGGUUGUGAAUGUGAGCAGCCAGCAUGUCCCUGAGAAUGCUGCAGAUGGGAGCUGCAACUGAUCUCAGCUGCAGGAAGCAAUGUGCCCGAACCACAUUCUCUCUGACUAAACCUAUCGCCUGUAAUGUUAUGAAAUUAUAUAUUAAUCUUUUUAUUUGUACAGUUUCAGAUAUUGUGCCUCUGAUUUAAAUUAACUGAAUGAACAUAAUAGUUUUGCUCUCCCAGUUUCUCCACUGGUUUAUUCACCAGCUGUCAGGGUGGCCUCCUCCCCGAUGAACUGCCCCUUCCCACAGCAAUCUCAAAAAAUUAACUCUUUCAUCUAAACUGCAAGCUCUCUGUUAGCGAGAUUAUGAAGUUCAAUUAGUUUAAUCAGAAAUGGAAAUAAAAAUGAAAAUCCUUACAUGAUCCACAUUAAAAAAAAUAGAUUUCCACUAAUUCCGUUUCACCCCCUUUAUCCACAUUUCUGUUGCCGAUGUUGUGGAGUUUACAUUCCCAUUUAUUCCUGCUUUGGGCACGUUGUUUACUUAGAUGACGAGCCAGGUUAUUCAAGUGGAGAGAUUGGCAGAGGGUGCAGGGGAUUAAACUGAUGAGAAUUGAUUGGUAGUUGGCCAAAACAUGCAGCCAUUUACCAAAGAAGUCCAUGGAACAGUACAGCAGCGGCCCAGAUGUCCAUGCUGGACAUGAUGCCAAGUUAAACUAAUCUCCUCUGCCUUCAUGUAUUUCCUGCAUAUCUAGGUCUAUGUGGCUGAAGAAAUGUCAACGCUACACUACUCAAUUAGACAGGCUGUGUGGAGAAGUUUGGUCAAAGCGGCAUCUUGAACAAACAUCAUAAAACAUUGUCCAAAUUGCAGGUGGCUCAAAUGUCUGUGGCCCAAUGUAAUCACUAUAUUUCUGUUAGCUAUAGAUACUGGUUCAAAUACAGUGAAAUGCACACCAUACACAACCUGUUCAAACACUCAAAGGAAACAAAUGUUACAUUGCUUCAAAAAGUAUUAUUUCCUCAAACACUGAUGCAUGUCAGUAAUUUACAACUUGAAACAUUUUACAGAAAGAUCCUCCAACCAGUGUCCAAGAUGAGGCAGAAGUGGAGUGGUUUCGUUCUGGGCCAAAGAAACUGAUUCCAUUUCAGUUCUAGUGUAAUUUUCUUGUGAAAGUUACAACCCAAUCACUAAUCCCUUUGUACAUCAAUCUUCCAACCAGGGCCAUUCUGUCUCUAACAGAUGUGUUCCCAUCCCAUGCAGUUGCAUCACACUCACUCCUGAGACAAUGUCGGAGUUAACUUCAAUAGUCAACUCCAAAAUUAAGUAAUGAAGAAGUGGAACUGAAGGGAGAUCAGUUCCAUGGGAACUUUCAAUGCCAGUGGCAGAUAUUAGUGUUUCCAAGGAAAUGGACAUCCCAACCAAGCCCCCAAAUGGAAAGUUGAUGAAACUGGUUGUCUGUCUAGGUAAAACAAGACAGAUUUCCAAUGCAUCAAUCAGCCUUUGCCGAAUACCAACAGUCUCAUUGGCCAUGAAGGAAUAUCAUAAAUCAGUGCAAUGGGCUUUGCUGCUUUCAGGAACAUUUCAAUUGCCUUAUUUCCAUGAAUAUCUGUUCAGUAUUUUCUGUAUUUCAAUGCUCCUAGCCAUGUUAUAUGAUUGAUAAAUAAAUGUAACUGACUUAAUGGGU